CUGCCAACCCCGCAACUGAAGUCCUCCAUUUAGUAUGAGAAAUAAAUGAGUGUCUUCAUUAGCUCACUAAACAUGAAGAUUUUGGACUAGAGAGAAAGAGUCUCAUAAUCUCAUAUGAUCACUCAUUCUUUUAAAGGCCGCAGAAACUAGUCUGCUUCUUAAAGAAAGGGAUUGUGGCUGUGGCAACUUGACAACGAGUCCAAGAAAAUGAGAGGAAAGCCAAUUAAUUCAGGAAAAGCCAUUCUUGUAUUUUGCAUUGCUAGCUUCAUAGCAGGGUCGCUGUUUACCAGUCGGACAUGGAAUCAUCCUUCUCCUUCAAAAACAAAGGAUCAUCAGAAUAUUCCUUUCGUUUCUCAUUAUGAGAACAAGCUGCAGGAAGUGAAACGAGAUUGCGAUCACAAGCGUAAAUUGGCUGAAGGAAGACCUGGAGAUAUCAUGGGAGAAGUUAGGAAAACCCAUCAAGCUAUCAAGACGCUUGAGAAUACAGUUUCUGCGUUAGAAAUGGAGCUAACAGCGGCUCGAACAAGCCAAUCAAGUAGCCAACUUUCACUAGAAAGACCCACAAAUCACUCUUUGCAAAAGGCAUUUGUUGUUAUUGGAAUUAAUACAGCAUUCAGCAGCAGAAAACGCCGAGAUUCAGUUCGAGAAACUUGGAUGCCAAAAGGGACCAAAUUGAAGGAAUUGGAGAAAGAGAAAGGGAUUGUGAUAAGGUUUGUGAUAGGACAUAGUGCAACACCAGGUGGAGUUCUUGAUAAAGCGUUAGACUCAGAAGAGGCAGAGCACAAAGACUUCCUUAGGCUAAAUCAUGUGGAGGGUUACCAUCAGCUCUCCACCAAGACUAGACUGUACUUCUCCACUGCAGUCUCUAUUUGGGACGCCCAGUUCUACGUCAAGGUCGACGAUGAUGUUCAUGUCAAUUUAGGUAUGCUAGCCACCACUCUCGCUAAAUACCAAUCCAAGCCAAGGAUUUACAUCGGCUGCAUGAAGUCUGGCCCUGUUCUCUCUCAAAAAGGCGUAAAAUAUCAUGAACCAGAGUACUGGAAAUUUGGAGAAGAAGGGAACAAAUACUUCCUACACGCAACUGGUCAAAUAUAUGCCGUCUCUAAGGACCUUGCUACCUAUAUCUCCAUUAACUCACCGAUACUGCAUAGAUAUGCGAAUGAAGAUGUUUCGCUGGGGUCUUGGUUCAUUGGGUUGGAAGUCGAACACGUAGACGAGCGUUCCAUGUGUUGUGGGACCCCUCCAGACUGUGAAUGGAAGGGACAAGUAGGAAAUGUAUGCGUGGCAUCAUUCGAUUGGUCAUGCAGCGGAAUAUGCAAAUCAGUGGACAGAAUGAAGCAAGUACACAAUUCUUGUGGGGAAGGAGAAGGCCGUGUUUGGAAUGUUGAUGUUUAAGAGCUAGUUAGCUCACAUUUAUUUCAUUAAUUAUAAAACUGUGUCAAACACACUCAAAGAGGGCCAAUGCACCUUCAUGUUAGAAUAUUCAUGCCCACAAUGAAAUAAAGAAUUAACUUUUUUUUUUUAACAAAAAA